AUGUUAUCAUUAAAACGCGUGUAUUUUUUCCAAGCUGGCAUUGGGAUAUCAGCCAAUGCCUUCCUCCUUGUCUUCCACAUCUUCACAUUCCACCAGGCUCAUAGGCCAAGGCCCACUGAUAUAACCAAAUGUCACCUGGCUUUUGUGCACUUAGUGAUGCUGCUUACUACAGUGGAAAUUUUGUCUGCACACAUGUUCAAGUCAGUGAAUUUUCCAAGUGACUUUAAAUGUAAGGUUUCAUACUAUGUGAGCAGGGUGACACGGAAUCUCUCCAUCUCCACCACCUGUCUCCUGAGCAUCGUUCAGGUCAUCAUCAUCAGUCCCAACUCCUACUUGUCAAGAUUUAAGCACAAACUCACAAGUUAUAUUGUCAUUGCUUUCUUCUCUUUUUGGUCCCUCAACCUGUCUUCCAAUAGCAACAUGAUCAUCUAUGCAGUAGCUUAUUCCAACAGGACCAAUCUACUCGAUGUCAGUAAAUACUGCUCACUUUCCUCAAUGAACUCUGUCAUCAUGACACUAUUUCUCACACUUAUAUUGUCUCAGAAUGUCUUCUUUAUAGGAAUGAUGCUGCUCUCCAGCAUGUACAUGGUGAUUUUUUUAUGUAGCCAUCAGAGGAAGUCUGAGUACCUUCACAGCACGAGCAUUUCCCCAAGAAUCUCCCCUGCCAAACAGGCCACGUGUACUGUCCUAGUGCUGGUGAGUUUCUUUGUGAUUAUGUACUGUGUGGAUAUGACCAUCGCAUCCUUCUCAUCCAUACUCUGGAAAUAUGAGCCAGUUGUCGUGGAUAUCCAGAGACUUGUGGAAAAUAUCUACGCCACUGUGAGUCCUUUGGUGCUUAUUAGUUCUGAUAAAAGGUUAAUUGGCAUUCUGCAAAAUGUGAUUGGUAUGAAAACAACGUUAAAUUGA